AGGCGUUAAUGUAUGACUUAUUACAAGGCGUUACGUCUUAAAUCACGACAAAUAAUAUGGUGUAAUGAUAGAGUACAGUUUGACUUGUACUUUGUGCAGGUUUGAAGCAAGUCUUUAGGCCGUUUGGAUUAAGGAGACGAUGCCUUUAUUCUGAAGAAUUCUACCGGAAGAGAUAUUUUUCGUGCUGCUGGCACCCGGAACACGGACAGUCUGGGUGUGGAAAUUAGCGUUCACAUCGCAGUGCUACGGACACAUCUAAUUUAACAUACAGGCAAUGUCUCGUUUCAAAAGAGCGGGUAAGGUGGACUCUCAGGUGGGCUUCAGGACGGAAAAGACCGAAGCGACUGUUCCUUACGGUCUGCUGAAGGCAGCCAGAAAAAGCGGCCAGCUCAACCUGUCCGGCCGAGGUCUGACAGAAGUCCCUCAGAAGGUGUAUCGUCUAAACACUGACACACCAGAGGAGGCCCAGCAGAAUGUGUCCUUUGGAGAGUCAGAUCGCUGGUGGGAACAGACAGAUCUUACCAAACUGCUGCUUUCAUCCAAUCAGCUUACACAGCUGUCUGAUGACAUCAGACUAUUGCCUGGACUCACUACAUUGGAUCUCCAUGACAACCAGCUGACCAGUUUGCCCAGUGCUUUGGGAGAACUGCAGGAGCUCCAGCAACUUCGACUCAGUCAUAACCAGCUGAGAUCACUGCCAGUGGAGGUGUGUACUCUAAAAAACCUCUGCAGCCUCACACUCCAGCAGAACCUGCUGGAGAGCCUGCCAGAGGAACUAGGACAACUGGAGAACCUGACUGAGUUGGACCUGUCCAACAACCAUCUGAACGACCUUCCCUCCAGUCUAGGCUGUCUUAUCUGUCUGCAGAAACUCAACCUGUGUAACAACAAGCUGAGCUGUCUGCCUGACAGCCUGGCCCAGCUCACAAAUGUUAAGCUGUUGGACUGUAGCAAUAACCAGCUGACUGACAUUCCUGCCAGCCUUUCAGAGAUGCUCGCUAUGGAGCAGCUCUACCUCAGACACAACAAGCUCUGCCUCCUCCCAAAGCUCCCUGCGCCCGUGCUGAAGGAAUUGUACGUUGGGAACAACCAGAUUGAGCAGUUGGAGAUGGAACAGCUUGCCUGCCUGACCGCCAUCUCUCUUCUAGAACUACGAGACAACAAGAUCAAAACCCUUCCUGAAGAGAUCACCUUACUGAGCACACUCACACGCCUUGACCUUACCAACAAUGACAUUACCACUCUUCCAGCUUCUCUCAGCCUGCUGCCCAAUCUGAAGGUGUUACUGUUGGAGGGAAACCCUUUACGAGGAAUCAGGAGAGACCUGCUCACUAAAGGAACCAAUGAGCUUCUGAAACAUUUAAGAGGACGAAUUAAAGAGGAGCCUGACAGAGUAGAUGAAGGACCUACAGCCAUGACGUUACCCAGCCAGGCCACUGUCAAUGUACAUAACAUUAAAACACUGAAGUUAUUGGUGUACAGUGAGAAGCAGGCAUUGAAUAUUCCAGAUGAGCUGUUUGAUGCUGCAGCAGAUCAACCCAUUACCACAGUUAACUUCAGCAAGAACCAGCUGACCACCAUACCUCCCAGACUGCUAGACUUCCAGUCCUCAGUGUUAGACAUCAAUCUGGGUUUCAACAAACUGACCUGCUGUUCUCCUGAGAUCUGCAACUUACUGCAGUUAAAACACAUCGAUCUCAGGAACAACCAGCUGAGCGAUUUACCACCUGAAAUGAAGAGCUUAAAUAAACUGUGCUCCAUUAUCCUCAAUUACAACAGGUUCAAGUCCUUCCCUGAAGUCCUCUAUCAGAUGGUUUCCUUGGAGACGGUGUUGCUCGGUAACAACCAGGUGGGUGUGGUGGACCCCUGUCAUCUCAUGAGGUUGGCUCAUCUGUCAACGCUGGAUCUGUCAAACAAUGACCUCAUGAACAUCCCCCCUGAACUGGGCCUGUGUAUCAGCCUCAGGUGUCUCAGUCUGGAAGGAAAUCCUUUCCGCACACCCAGAGCAGCCAUCGUGGCCAAAGGAACAGAUGCAGUGUUGGAGUACCUCCGCAGCCGCAUUCCUACAUGACCCCUGACAGCUCCACCACCAUGAUCAACAAAGAUCUUAUUUGGGUUUGAAUUUCUUUCAAUUUAAAGUCCACAGUUGGGAUGUCAUUAGACGGUCUUCUACCUUUUGAAGUUGUUAAAACAAACAAUCAAUAUCAGUGUAGCUACAGUGAUCUUGUUUGUUUUAGAUAUUGAAUGUCUGAAUGUGAUGAAUAGUUUUGGACAAACUGAUUCAGACUGAUGCCUGUGUGACUGAAAAGAACCAAUGACAAGAUACUUUGGUUGAGAAUUAGAGGAUUGGUGUGAAUUUUAUAAUUGUGUAGUUCAUGGCCCAGUCCAAGCUCAGUAAGAAGUACCUUUUAUAACCUCAGUCACAAACUGCUUGUUAAAACAACAUGACUGCUAUAAAACUCUAAUGUGUUUUGACAGCUGAUUAACAGUCAGCCAACUGCAAACGGUGUGUUUGGUGUUAACUCUUAAAAUAAGAACAGUUUCUGUAUACAAUAAAACAUUCAAUUCAUAA